GAAACCCGCGCGCUCCUCGACCUCAUCCCCAAAAUCGAGAGAGCGAACUUCAAGAUCGAACAUGUCUCAGUCCAGAUUACAAUCGGACUCGAGCAAGAGAGCUUCAGACAAGCCUGCCAGACUUUCCGCGAAACGAAUGUCAAAUCCCCAGAUUGGAAAUGCAACCGCCAAGAGCUCACCCGCUCCGAGCCGCAGUGCGACUCCCAAGGUCGUUAGGAGCACGUCUAUGCAAGAGAAGCCGACAUCAGCAUCUCCGCGCCCAGGCGUCCAAAGAAGCAAUACGACUGCGACCAGCCAAGGGCAACCUCCGACCUCAUCCGCACCUACAGCAGCAGAACCAUCAAUGGGCAAAACAGGGACUGCGACUGGCCCAAAGCAACGUCGAGGCAGCGUUGGCCUCUUCGCUGCAUUGUUUGGGCCAUCGCCUCAGCGACCUGAGAAAAAAGUCGCAUGUCUAACCUGCGCGGCAGACGACGUGCCAAUGUCGAAAUCGGCCAAACUUGCCUGCGGCCACCGCAUGUGCCAUGAGUGCCUCAAGCGUGUGUUCACCAUGUCUAUCAGCGAUCCACAGCAUAUGCCACCCCGGUGCUGCACCCAAGACCAUAUCCCACUACGUCACGUGGAUCGAUUAUUCAACGACAAGUUCAAGAUGCAAUGGAACAAAAAGUAUCAAGAGUACACAACCAAGAACCGUAUCUACUGCCCGACGCGCGGCUGCGGCGAAUGGAUCAGGCCUGGCAACAUCCAGAUCGACUCGAGCAGCGGCCGCAAAUACGGCAAAUGUAGCCGGUGUAAGACCAAAAUAUGCUGCCUCUGCAAUGCGAAAUGGCAUACGAGACGCGAAUGUCCCAACGACGAAGAGACCAAACGAUUCAUUGAAGUCGCCAAACAAGAAGGAUGGCAACGAUGCUUUAACUGCAAAGCCAUGGUCGAGCUCAAAGAAGGGUGCAAUCAUAUGACAUGUCGCUGCGGUGCCGAAUUUUGCAUGAUCUGUGCACGUCGUUGGAAGACUUGUGAUUGUCCGUGGUUCAAUCAUGGCGCUAUUGCCGACGGAGACCGUCUAAACCACUUCAAUGUGCCACAACCACAGGCAGGCGCGCCACCGGGGUACGGCCACUAUAGGCGCGCGACAGCAGACGAUAUUGGCGGCUAUCGUGGCGGCGCGCUUGCAUACCACGAGGAACUAGGACAGCGUCGACGACAAGAGCAAGAAGACGAAAUACUUGCUCGACGACUGCAAAUCCUCGGCAUGGAGGAUGAUGACGAAGAUGGACAUGAAGACGCAAUCGUCGACGCCGUAUUGAACGACUACGCAACCCGCCGUCGUGCUCGUCGUCAGCAUCAGCAUCUCGUGCAGCAACAGCAACUCCAGCGCCGACGAGAGCGAGAAAUGGCACGUGAAGAACAAGCCCGCCGGGAAUAUGGUCAACAGGGAGAUAUUUUUGGAAUCGGUAACACGACCGACCACUUUAUGAAUGAGGAUUACGUGCACGCCCGCAAUCCCGCAAACCUUUUUACUGGACAUUUCUUCGACAAUGCUGCUGCCAUUGCGAACCAGAUGCGCGGUCUCGAUGAUCGACAGGCAUUGAAUGGUUCCUGGGCUCCACCCGGCUUACUCGUCGAAGAGCAGCCAAGACGAGAUACCCGUACAUCGAAAAGAAACCGGCGCAACACGAACACACAAACGAGGGAAGGAGAAGAUGCCUCUCCGGCUGCAAAUCCCACACACGGAAGGAUGAGUUCUGAUCUCACCACGGCCAAUGUGCUCAACCGUCCAGGCGCUGGUCGUCGACGACAUACCCUCAUGGGCAGUGACGGCAAAAUCGGAUCAUGGUUGCAUAAUAUUGGCUGAUGCGGGAUGUUCUUUUCGCCAUCACCAUUAAGAUUAUCAUCUAAUUUCUCACUUUUCUCCUACAUCGUCAUGAAUUUACGAUGAACGACUUUGUCAUUGCAUCGCCGUUAUACUACAGUAUUCUUUCAACUCAUCGACAUUCACGACUCAGCGACUCUGCCUCUUACUGGACGAAUGCAUCUUUAAAAUUAUACCUUUUACAUUACGAGCUCAUUUCUCAUUCACGAAACAUUUAGCUACCCUGCCAUGAUACCAAUCGUUUUUUGCAUUAUUAUACAUUGAUGCUCUCCAUCUUGCAACCCGUUAUAUCCAUACUGUUUUAGGCCUUUACCCGACACUUCAUUUAUUAAUACCUUUAUUACUUUCAAACCAUAACUGGGA